GCUCUGACCAUCUGUGCUGGGGACUCGCAACCUUCCUCCUACUCUGUUCACCCUGAGAUUUUAGGUCCACACCACCGGUUCACCUUGGAACCCUCAAAGUAUAGCAGCAUGGCCCCCAAGAAGGUGGAAGCAAAGAAGCCUGAGCCCAAAAAGCCAGAGACCAAGAAAGAAGCACCCCCUGCUGCCAAGCCGGCACCAACCCCAGAGCCCCAGCCCGAGGCCCCAAAGGAGGCCGAUUUUGACCCUAAAAACAUUGCUCUUGAAUAUAGCGCUGAUCAAAUAGAAGAGUUCAAGGAGGCCUUCACCCUGUUUGACCGCACUCCCUUGGGAGAAAUGAAGAUUACGUUUGCACAGUGUGGGGAUGUCAUGAGAGCACUGGGACAAAAUCCUACCAAUGCAGAUGUGCUGAAGGUCCUGGGCAAGCCUCGACCAGAAGACAUGAACAGCAAACUGGUGGACUUUGAGACAUUUCUGCCCAUGCUCCAGCACAUCUCUCGCUCCAAAGACCAAGGUAACUUUGAAGACUUUGUCGAAGGCCUGAGAGUCUUUGACAAGGAAGGCAAUGGAACCAUCAUGGGUGCCGAACUGAGGCAUGUGCUGGCCACCUUGGGGGAAAGAAUGACAGAGGAUGAGGUUGACAGACUUAUGGCUGGACAAGAGGAUGCCAAUGGAUGCAUCAACUAUGCCUCUUUUGUCAAGCACAUCCUCUCUGGGUGAACUUAACUUCCAUCAGAAGAACUGGAAAUGGGUUUCAUUUUUCCUGUAUCUAAUAUCUGUUAAAAGCAGAAGGCAAUAAUAGUCAAUAAAUUAUUACUAAUUAUGAGUCAAGACUUACCUCAACUUUAUGAUGAGAUGCUACUGUAUUAGCAUUAAUAUUUUAAAAAUAAUCCCAUGAAUAAAGAACAUCUUAUAACAAA